AUGUCUACAACAACCCAAACACAAUCCCAAACCACCCUUCAGGGCCCCGAAGUGGGAAUGGCCCUCGACGGCCGUCCCACACAUUACAACGACUUUCGCGACCAACUCAACCGCGAUGGAUAUGCAGUCAUCAAAGGCGCUAUCCCGCGUGAGCGAGCAGAAGGAUACGCAGAUAAGUUUUUGAGUUAUAUUGAGGAUUUUGGCCUAGGCUUCAACCGCAAUGACCCCUCAACCGUAAAACGGGACAUGUUACCCGUCAUCAACGAAAAGGGAAUGAUCCUCAACUACGGCGUUACGCAUGAGCAAUGGGUAUGGGACAUUCGCGGCGAGCCUGGUGUUGUUGAUACGUUUGCCAAGGUGUAUGAAGAUGAUGAUUUGAUUGUUUCGUUUGAUGUGGUUAAUGUUGGAUUCGCAAACCGCGCAGACCUCCCCGAAAACAAACCCUGGCCCCAUCAAGACCAAGAUCCCUCCAAACCCGGCUUCCGCUGCCUUCAAGGCCUUGUGAACCUCAACCCCUGCGGACCCAACGACGGCGGGUUGAUCGUCUGCAAAGGCGGUCAUAUCUCGUCCGAAAGAUUCCACGCCGAAAUGGCGAACGAACCGCGUAUCCCGGCCUGGACACCAGAAUGGUACGGGUUUACUGACGCGGGAAUGAAAUGGUUAUCCGAUCAUGGGCUGCAAUGGGAAAAAGUAUGCGCCGAACCGGGUGAUUUAAUUGUUUGGGAUUCGAGGACGCCGCAUUAUAAUGUCCCUCCGACGUCUAAGCAGGAUCGGUUGGCGGUCUAUACGUGUUAUAUGCCUGCUAGGGUUGUUUCGCAGGAGGAUCUGGUGAGGAAGAAGGGGGCUUUUGAGAAACGACUGGGAACAACACACUGGCCAAACGCGAGACAUGUUGCGCCGAACAAUGAUGCGAUGAGAGAUGGGAAGUUGUGUCCAAAGAACCGGACGGGACCCGUGCAGGAUCCUGUGUUGGAUGAGAGGACGUUUAAACUUACUGGUAUUCCUUAUAUUAAAGCGUCUGCUUAG